CAGGAUCAUGACUCUGGGCAAAUGGCGUUUACCAGGCCGGCGAAGGACCUAUUUAUAGCCUCAGCUGCUCCUCGGGCCGGGUCACAAGGGAGGGGCAGGGCGGCUGCUCAGAACACGGGGGGUAGGCGGGCUGGGGGAACCCGGCUCUGCCCAGCUGCCGCUGCCCAGCCCCCCCGGCGCCCCUCCCCAUGGCAGAGGAGACCUUCCCAUUCACCUCCUCCACGCGGCGGGCUCUCCGGCUACAGCGGGAGUGGCUGGAGUGGGAGGACCGGCGGCGGGCCGCGGCCCAGCAGUGCCGUAGCCAAAGGUGCCCCCCCAGUGCCCGGGCCCGCCUCACCAGGCCGCGCCACUGCUGCCGAGACCCAGCCGUGCACAACGCUCUGUUCUCCGGUGACCUGCGCCAGGUCCAAGCCCUGUUCCAAGAGGAAGACGCUGCCAACAUGACUGUGGAGACUGUGAGCAACCAGCUGGCCUGGUCAGCUGAACAGGGGUUCUGGGUGCUGACCCCCAAGACGAAGCAGACGGUGCCCCUCACCAUCGCUGCUGCCCAAGGCUACACUGACUGCGCCCGCCACCUGAUCCGGCAGGGAGCUGAGCUGGAUGCCCGGGUUGGGGGCCGGGCAGCCUUGCAUGAGGCCUGUGCCCAGGCCCAGUCUGACUGUGUGCAGCUGCUGCUGACCUUUGGUGCCAAGGCCAACGUGUUGUCCGAGGAGGGCACGACCCCCUUACACCUCUGCACAGCCCCUGAGUCCUUGAAGUGCGCCAAGCUGCUGCUGGAGGCGGGAGCGGCCGUGAACGUGGCGGCGCGGGACAGCGAGAUGCUGAAACACUGUGCCAACUUCCCUCGGGCCCUGGAAGUCCUGCUUAACGCCUACCCUUGUGUCCCCUCCUGUGAUACCUGGGUGGAGGCAGUACUCCCAGAGCUGUGGCAGGAGCACGAAGCCUUCUACAUCUCAGCCCUGAGCAUGGUGAACCAGCCGAGGCGGCUGCAGCACCUGGCCCGGCUGGCUGUGCGUGCUCAGCUGGGUAGCCGCUGCCGACAGGCCGCUGCUCGCCUCCCGCUGCCCCCGGUCCUCAGGGACUACCUGCUGCUGUGUGUGGAGGGGCGGAUCCAGUGAGCCCCAUGCCAGGGUGCUCCCGGAGCUGGUUCUGCCCCCUCCAUCGGUCGUCUCCCUACAACCCUGGAGGACCAAUCCCUGGCUCUCUUGCCCUCCCCAGCCGGCUCCCCCCUUCACUGGCUUCUUGAGCUACUCACUGACCUCCCGCCCGACCCGAGCUGCAGCUUCCAAUGGGAAGGUCUGCACACUGAGCCUUCACCCGCCUCCGUCUCCUUUGCUUAAGUGGAUGGCCCCUCCAGCCCAAGCCACGUGGGGGUGAUCCUUGUUGCUCCUCCGUCCCUUGCCACCUAUGUACCUGUUUGGCCUCCUAAAGAGUGACCGACUCCGUCUAUACCUGCACUGCCUCUGCCCAAACUGUCUUUGUUGCUUGAAGGGAGGACCUCCCUGCUUGGUCUUGAAACCCGAGUCCCACAAGGAUGCCAGAGCCCCUUCGGGAAUCACAACUCUGAUCAUGCCCUUCGGUGGCUCCUCACCACCUUCAGGCUAAAAUCUGAAUUCAGUAAAUAGACAGAUCUUCUACCCCCGCCUCCGCCAAGCUCUCUGGUCUUCUGAUUCCCCCUUCCCCCUCUGAGGUUCCUGUAAUCCAGCCUCCUCAAACUGGGCAGCCUUGCGGCUUGCUGGAUAUGACCUGCUCCGCUUUGCUUCUAGGCGUUCUGCAUGUGCUGUUCCCUCUGCCUGGUCUACCCACCAGUGAUGCAUGAUGUCUUAAACAUGGUCACUCCACUUGUGGUCUCUAAGGGCCUGUGACAGGAGGACAAGCCACUAGCUGUCCCCCCCCCCCCUCACUUCCUCCUCUGGUCCCAGAGUCAAAAGUACCAUCCUUCAUCUUUAAGAACCUUUUACGCCAAGCCAGUUUUUGUGAAUGCAAAUAAAUGAUGUGUGCCCAGA